UGUAGAGGGAGGGAGACUGAGUUGACUUACUGAGGGAAACAGAGGGAGGAUCCUUCACAAGGACUGGCUAUGGAUCAUGUGUGAUUACAGUUGAUUGAUCUAAUAAAGAUCCUAGAUUGAGGAAGGAGUCUCACCUUUGCUGUGCUGGUUGGGCAGGGCUGGCCUGGCCUAGGCAGGGAUUUCUAAAGAAGAGGAAAAACUAAACCAACUGGAAGUCAAGAGAGAGAGCAAGAGAGUACACGUAAGGGGAGCCAGAGAGUGGGAGUAUGAGUACUCCGUCAGGUCGGAAGAGCCCCGUGGACUACGGGGUUCAGAUCCGCUUCAUCAACGACUCAGGAGGGGGGCUCCCCUCGACCCAGCUGAGAUCCAAGCCCCCCUCCACCUCUAAGUACGGGGUGGCUGUCAGGGUCCAGGGCAUCGCUGGACAACCCUAUGUGGUUAUGAAGGACGGGGGCCCAAAGGGAGAUUCGUAUGGGGUGCAGCUCCGUACCCACUACCCCCCGGGUUACGGCAGUCUGCCCCGCAGGAGAGACCGAGAGGAGGGAGGGGGAGAGGGAGAGGGGGGAGGAGGGCAGGGAGGGGAGUUACGCAGGGCACAUUCACAUGGUUCAUUACUGGAGAGUGAGGGGGGAGGAGGAUUUGGGAGACCACCAGGGGAUGGGAGGUCUGGUAGCUAUGGGAACCUGGAUGGAGGGAUUGGGGUUGCGGAAGAGAGAAUGGAUAGAGAAGGGGUGAGGGAGGGGGGUAUGGGGAGGAAUAUAAUGUGUGGGUCGUAUCAGUCCGGGCUCAAUGGGUCACUGGGGAGGGGAGGGGGGAGUCAGUAUGCCCCUGACCUCCAUCCUUCCCAAACAGAUCAGCCCCCCCUGACCAUGGCACACUCCCACCCCCAGAGCCUUCCUUACCCAGCACACCCCCACCCCCAGAGCCUUCCUUACCCAGCACACCCCCACCCCCAGAGCCUUCCUUACGCAACACAGCCCCACCCCCAGACCCCCGUCAACAGACUGAUCAGCAGGUUUGACGGCAGCAGCAGUACCAGAGAACAACAGAGGGGGCGCUCUCCUGUAGCAGAGGACCCUAGAGACACCAUCUCCUCUUCCCUCGCCCCCAACCCCUACUCCUCCUCUUCACCAUCUCUCACCCCCAACCCCUACUCCUCCCCUUCACCCUCUCUCACCCCCAACCCCUACUCCUCCCCUCCCUCCUCCACUCACAGCAGCCUGGGGCAGGGCCAAGGCUCCGUUAGCAAGGCAACGCCCCACCCAGUCAAUCAGCGGGCUCCGCCGGGGAGGUUUGUCGCUGUGGAGACGCCGUCAGCCAAUCGGACAGACCCGCUGGUGACCCCUGACCUUCUGCUUCAGAGUUCAGAGGUCACCAGUGAGGAGGAGCAGGUCAUGCAGACCAUCUACAGCGUCCUCAGAGAAGGGACUAGUGAGAGGGACUCCGUCAUCAGACACAAAGUCAGGGUGGUCUUCCAGAAGAUCCAGGGACUCAAGCCCAGUGAGAGUUCUGGUGAGGAGUGGAGGAGAGAAAAGAGGGAUCUGGAGAGGAAGAUGAUGGAGCUACAGACCUCUCUACAGGAGGAGAGGAGGGGCUCUGUGGGCAGCUCUGACCCUGUGUUAAAGGCAGAGCUGGAUUUAUGUCUGGAUGAGAACAUGCAGCUCCAGGAGACUGUGGACAGGAAGAAGACUGAACUACACCAGACACACUCUGAGCUGAGUCAGUUGCGUAUGGAGAGAGAGAGUGCUGAGUCCAGAGUCAGAGAGAUGGAGGACCGACUGGGCGAGCUACAGGAGGAGCUGAGGACAGAGAACGGCAACAAGACGGACCUGGUGGCGUGUCAAGCGUCUCUGUUGGAGGUGUCCAUGUUGAAGCAGAAGCUGGAGGAUUCUCUGAGACAGAGAGAGAGGGAGCUGACGGCCCUGAAGGGGGCUCUGAAGGACGAGGUGGCCACGCACGACAAAGACAUGGAGACACUUCGAGAACAGUACAGCACUGACAUGGAGAGACUGAGGAGUACCGUGGAGCAGGUCUCACAGUCUCAGGCGGGUAUCGAGUCAGAGCGGUUGCGUGUGAAUGCGUCGGUGCGUACUCUACAGCAGCAGCUGGAAGACUGCAGGGACGAGAGUGGCCACUGGAUGACGCAGUUCCACAAUACUAGAGAUGAACUACGGACCACCAAACAGGAGAUGCUGCAGGCUCGUCUGGAGAAAGAGGAGCUUGAGGAAGAACUGAAUGAAGUACAGGAGAGGCUCAACACCAUGAAACAGCAGAUACCAGACCCCAGUCAUACACACACACUCAACCAGGAGCUGCAGAGUUUGCGUGCCGAUCUGCAGCAGGCCCAAUCAGAGGCAGAGAAGAAAAGGGCGGAGCUCGAUAAAAAGGUUAUGGAGGUAAUCUCCCUGAAGAAGGCCAACCAGGAGCAGGAGGCGGAGCUCAAGUAUGAGAUGGACAGGCUGAGGGGCCAAUCAAAUCGAGCCAAAGAGGAUCUGGCCAAGGCCCAGGAGAGAACCAAACAGCUCCCUGACCCGUCGGUCGUGUCUGGCCUGCAGUCAGAGUUGACUGAUGCUCGUGGGGAGAGAGACCGACUGGGAGAGAAACUCUCCAGCACUGAGCAGGAGCUGCAGUCAAACACAGAGCGGCUGGCCAGAACCCAGACAGAACUAAACGCUCUCAGAGACUCACAGCAGGAGCAGGAGGCAGCUAACACACGCCUCCGAGAGAAACUCUCACGCCUGGAGUCUCAGCUGGCUUCCAGUGCAUCAGAGAGUUCGGAGGCAGAGCUGUCCCUCCAGGCGGAGUUGAGGGGGCUGAGGCAGGAUCUUGACGAGGCCAGGAGAGAAACCUCUCGGCUGGGCCAGGACCACCGGCAGCUCAGCCUGCAUCUGGAGGACAGGGAGAAGGAGAGGGACCAGCUCACACAGACCAACACACAGCUGGAGGAACAGAGGAGACAGCAGGAGCGGUCCCUGGACAAACUCAAUAAGGAGUUUGAGUCUCUGUCCCAGUCGUCUGGUGAGGAGGUGCAGGUUCUCAGGGCCCAGCUGGAGGAACAGAGAGAGAGAUCUCGCAGGGAGACACAGGAGGCCCAGAGGCAGGGCAAUGACACACUGGUAGAACUGGAGAGGAGCCAGACCUCCCUCAAGAGACUGGAAGAGGAGGCGUCCCGUCAGAAGAAGGAGCUGCUCUCUGUGGUUGAGGAGAGAGACAAUGUUCAGCUGGACAAGGAGCUGCUCACCAACCGCCUGCACCACCUAGAGGCUGAACUGGAGAACAGCAGGAGCAGCCUCACAGACAAGAGCAGGGAGCUCCGCAGCACGGAGGACAAGAUGAAACGACUGGAGCUGGAGCUGGAGGAGGAGAAGGGAUCUGUGGAGCUACUCACUGACAGAGUCACCAGGACCAGAGACCAGAUGGAGCAGCUGCGUUCAGAGCUGAUGCAGGAGAGAUCCUCCAGACAGGACCUGGAGCUGGACAAGAAUGCCCUAGAAAGACAUUUGAAGGAGUUGAAGACCAGAGUAUCUGAUAUGGAGGGUCAGUCUCGCUCCUCUGUAGGAGUGGCUCAGCUGGAGAGUAAAGUUCACGAGUUGGAGGAACGCCUCCACAGUGAGGAUAGGGAGAAGAACUCCAUGUUGUCGUCUCAACGUCGCCUGGAGAAGAAACUGAAGGAGCUCAACUUUACCCUGGAGGAAGAGAGACACCAACACACAGAACAGAGAGACCAGCUGUCUCUGCGUGUGAAGGCUCUGAAGAGACAGGUGGAUGAGGGGGAGACUGAGGUAGAGAGGAUGGAGGGAUUGAGGAGGAAGGCCCAGAGAGAGAUGGAGGAACAGAUGGAACUAAAGGAGGCCUUACAGGGCAGAGUCACCGCGCUGGAGACUGAGCUCAAGAGGAAGGUGCAGCAGGCGCAGCGUCAGGCCCUGGACUCGUCGGCUCUGAGCUCUGACGAAGAUGAUGAAGGCCUGUACAACCCCUCCAGCAUCACGUCCAUCCUCACUGGGAGCAAUCUUCACACCAGCUCCUGCUAGAGGGA